GCAGGUUGGUUUUUGCGUCAGCACUCCCAAAAAUGGACUAAAAACGCCCAUGAGCCACGGCAACUUAGGUUGACGCAGGCGCAGACAGGCACAAGAUUUAGACCUGCCAUGCUGCGGGAAAUCUUUGUAACAUCAACUUGUGCUGUAGUAUUUGUCAUGUCAUUCACUGAAGGACGGCAAGCCUCCUCCCGGCUGCAAUAGAUAGGAAGGAGAACACGAGUCAGUCAACUGUAGGACGUUUUACUUCUCAGUUGAACAGUUAUGGCUGUGAUGGGAGUCUGUUUAAUAAUUCUAAAUGGGACUGUGUUUACUCUGCUGUUCCACACGUCAUUUGCUGCCACCUUUCCAGAACAGCAUGUAGAUGCAGUAGAAGGUGGCAGCGCCUUCUUAAACUGUCUUGUGGAUAACCAGCACAAUGUGGAGAAGUUAACAGUGGAGUGGUCCAAGUGGUCCAAAGAUGGAGUGAAAGAGUGCGUCCACCUCUAUAAACACAGAAAAGACCAAGUUGCCGACCAGGAUGAGAAGUUCAGAGGCAAGGCCAACCUCAAACAUGAAGGGUUGAAAAGGGGAAAUGUGACCCUGGAGUUGCAGUUUGUCCACCUGUCCGACAGUGGACGAUACGUCUGCUACAUUCCCAGGCUGGACCACCACUGUUACAUCAUCCUCACUAUUGUUUCCAAUGGACAAAACAAGAUGACAAAGGGAGAAAAGUCCAUCACAACUGGACCCCAAGAUGAGGACAAACAGACUGAAUCUGCCUUUCCAGAACAGCAUGUAGAUGCAGUAGAAGGUGGCAGCGCCUUCUUAAACUGUCUUGUGGAAAACCAGCGCAAUGUGGAGAAGUUAACAGUGGAGUGGUCCAAGUGGUCCAAAGAUGGAGUGAAAGAGUGCGUCCACCUCUAUAAACACAGAAAAGACCAAGUUGCCAACCAGGAUGAGAAGUUCAGAGGCAAGGCCAACCUCAAACAUGAAGGCUUGAAAGGUGGAAUUGUGACCCUGGAGCUGCAGUUUGUCCACCUGUCCAACAGUGGACGAUACAUCUGCUACAUUCCCAGGCUGGACCACCACUGUUACAUCAUCCUCAAUAUUGUUUCUGCUGGACAAAACAACAUGACAAAGGGAGAAAACUCCAGCACAACUGGACCUCCAGAUGAGGACAACCAAGGUCAUCUAAACCGGAACUUUGGCAGAGCUAUCGUGCUUUCCAUCGUUUUCCUUAUCUUCAGCAUUUUCAUCGUCAUCCUGAUCAUACUGGCCCGACGUCAUGCAGCAAUGAAGUCUGAAAUGAAGAGAACGAAGAGAACCAGCUCAUAUGAUCCUGAAAAUCAACUACCAGAAGGUGUCUCUAUCACCUCUGAGCUCCACCCCAGAGAUCAGCAUUAACCAGGCCUCAGCGCCACGUCUGGUCACACACACAGACACACACAGUUGUCUAAGUAAAGGGAUAAAAAUAUGACGUAUUUGGUCAGUGGUUCCCAACCUUUUUUUGGCUCUUGACCCCAUUUUAACAUCACAAAUUUUUGGCAACCCCAGGGAUUAAAAACAGAAACAUUUU